AUGUCAUCAAAGACAAAGAAGAAGUCUGCUGGCACAGAUCUGAAAACCCAGGCCGACGCUGUGCCUACUUCCUCUGCAAAGAAAGUGAAGGUGCCCAAGAGCUUCAUCGCAAGACCUUCAGAUACGAAGAAGCACACUACUGUGCAUUUGCAGUCUCAGAUAGCGGAAGCCUUAGAACUUACCAAGGGUCAAUUUGUUGUUGUUUCAAAGGAAGGCGCUGGAGCUGUCGUUGCAAUUCUUGAAGUGGACGAUGAUUGUGAAUCAAACGUGUUGAAGGUUCCACAGGCUCUUCGAGAGUUAGCUGGGAUCCUCCUAGGUGAUAGACUACAGAUAUCAAAGAAAACUUCCCAGCCGACUUAUGCUAAGGAAGUUGUGUGCUGUAUCGAGAACGGCGCAAAGUGGGACGAAAUUUCCAGUGCUGUGAAGCAAGGUGUUGCUGAUGUGGGUGUCUUUCAGCCAGGACUUAAGCUAAUGGUGAAGGGUAGAGCGGUGACAAUUGCAGGUGCCGCAGACAACACCGGAUCGGUGGAUUCAAUCACAUCUAAAAUCUCACAAAUGACGCUAGAAUCAUCUGUUGAUCUGUCGUUGGUUUCCCCAGCAUACUUAUUUCACUCGUCCAUGACAUUGAAAGCGACAACAGAUGGCUUCGACUAUUCUUUGUAUCCUCGAGUCCCACGUCCUCUUUCACUCGACCAUGUUGGUGGCCUCUCGAAAGCUAUCUCAUUGCUUCAGUCUACUGUCAAAUUACCGCUUCAUCACCCCACCCUCUUUUCUGAUUUUGGGAUAUCUCCUCCGAGAGGAAUACUUCUUCAUGGUCCCCCAGGAACAGGGAAAACUAUGCUUCUUAGGUGUGUGGCUUAUGAGUGUGGUGCUCAUGUACUCAUGAUAAACGGGCCUUCUGUCGUCUCCAAGUACUUGGGUGAGACCGAGAAUACCAUCAGGGAAUUAUUCGCAGAAGCAGUCAAGUACCAACCCUCUAUUAUUUUCAUGGAUGAAAUUGAUUCUCUAGCUCCCAAAAGGGGAUCUGAUGAUGCGGGAGAAACGGAGUCAAGAGUUGUAGCUACAUUACUAACCAUGAUGGAUGGAAUGGGUGAUUCGGGAAGAGUUGUUGUGGUAGGAGCUACAAAUCGACCAAACCUGAUUGAUCCUGCUCUUCGAAGACCAGGCCGCUUUGACCAGGAAGUAGAGAUUGGUAUUCCAGAUGCAGAAGCUAGAGCAGAUAUUCUUUCCAAGCAAUUGGCUCGCAUAAAACCCGAGAAGUGUAAUCUUCUGCCUGAUGACAUAAGCGACAUCGCUUCGAAGACACACGGCUAUGUUGGAGCUGACUUGGCUGCUUUAUGUCGAGAGGGUGUCAUGAAGACUAUCGCAAGGGGACUUACAGGAAGCCUGGCACCAGUUCGAAUUGGCAAUAUUGCGACUUUGGACUUGACAAAUGUAAAUCAUAUUGAUUCCACGAUCAAAAUUGAAAAGGCAGACCUUGAAUCUGCCCUUAUUGAUGUCAGACCUUCAGCCAUGCGUGAAAUAUUCCUCGAAAUGCCGAAGAUUUCAUGGGAUGAUAUCGGUGGUCAGCAUGAACUCAAGCAAAAACUCACUGAAGUCGUCCAACUACCGUUGGAAGCCGCCAAUACAUUUUCAAGUUUAGGAAUCUCAGCACCAAAGGGUGUCCUCCUAUACGGACCUCCUGGGUGUUCCAAAACCCUUACCGCAAAGGCAUUAGCAAGUGAGUCCGGCUUGAACUUUUUAGCUGUGAAAGGUCCUGAAAUCUUCAACAAGUACGUGGGUGAAAGUGAGCGUACGAUUAGAGAGAUAUUCCGAAAAGCUCGAGCCGCAGCUCCCUCGAUCAUCUUCUUCGAUGAAAUCGAUGCCCUUGCAUCAUCCCGAGAAGAGGCUCUGACACUGGCGGCACAGCAUGUGCUAACAUCGCUCUUGAACGAGAUUGAUGGUGUAGAAGAACUCAAUGGCGUGGUGAUUGUGGCUGCAACAAAUAGACCGUCAGAGAUAGAUCCAGCACUUUUACGUCCAGGGCGUUUGGACAGGCACAUCUAUGUGGCCCCACCUGAUAAAGAGGCAAGGCUUCAUAUCUUGCAUCGUAAAUGCCAGAAAUUCGACAUUGAUAAUGCGGACAGCCUUUUUGAAGACCUUGCGGAAGCUACCGAUGGAUGCUCUGGUGCCGAAGUUGCCUUGUUAUGCCAAGAAGCUGGGCUUGCCGCUAUUAUGGAGAAUAAAGAGGCUCGAAAAGUUGAAGAAAGACACUUUCUUCAUGCCUUGAAAUCGAUCUCAAAGGGUAUUACGCCCGAGAUGCUAGAGUAUUACGAGGAUUUUUCUCAUAGAAGCGGCCUAUCAAUGUGA